CGAGGCUGGUGUCCCGGUUUCUGCACCUGCCCAGCCGCAGUUUUUGGGGGUCCGCGCCGCGGCGGCGCGGCCCAGAGCGCCGCGAGGGGGCCGACCUUGGCCUCUCCACCGCCGGCGGCGGCCAUGGCGGACUCGGGCGACCAGUUCGAGGCUGCGAUGCUGAAGGUGAAGGCCCACUUCGACCGCGAGGAGUACGACCGGGCCCUCCCGCUGUGCGCAAAGGCCCUGCAGAGCAAGCCGGACUCAGCCAUGGUGCGCAGGUGCAGGGUCUUCGCGCUGCUGAGCCUGUCCAAGUGGGCGGAGGCCCUGCAGGCCUGCGAGGGCUAUGCCACGCGGGAGGAGGCCUUCGGGUUCGAGCGGGCCUACUGCCUGUACCGCUUGAACCGCUUCCAAGACGCGCUGGCGGCCAUCGACAAGGGCAAGUCGACCGGCGAGGACGAGAGCACCCUGAAGCGCCUGGAGGCCCAGGUGCGGUACCGCAUGGGCGAGUACGAGAACUGCGCGAGGAUGUACGAGGGGCUGUACGAGGAGGACCCCGACGAGCCCGGCCUGCUCGUCAACGCGGUCGCCUCGCGCGUCUCGGGGGACCAGCCGCAGCAGGCGCUGCGGAUGAUGGCGCAGAUGGAGGACCACCUCGAGACGUCCUACGAGCUGUGCUUCAACCUGGCAUGCGCGCUCAUCGACGACGGGCGACCCGAAGAGGCGGAGCAGCGGCUGGAGCAGGCCAAGGGCAUCUGCGUGAGAGAGCUGGCGGAGGCAGAGGAGACGCCCGAUGAGGACAUCCACCUGCUGGACAACCACGAGGAGCUUGCCGCGAUCAACGUGCAGCGUGCGUGCGUGCUUCAGCGGAGCGGCCUCUCCGACAAGGCGAACGAGCUGUACAGCAGCGUGCUGAAGCACUCGGGCAGCGGCAAGGACGUCGACGUCACCGUCCUGGCUGUCGCCUGCAACAACGUCGUCGCCCUGCGGUCGCAGGGGAAGUCCCUGUUCGACUCCCUCAAGCGGAUCAACGUGGCAUCGAAGGAGGUGCUCGAGCACAAGCUCACGAGGAAGCAGCAGAUCGAGAUAGGGACCAACAAGCUUCUGCUGCUGCUGCAAGCGCGCAAGAUCGGGGAGGCGCGGAAGGAGCUGGCACGCCUGGACGAGUCGUUCCCUGGGCACCCGCGAGUGGUGGUGCUGCAGGCGGCCAUUGCCUACACCGAGAAGAAGGGGAAGGACUGCGAGGAGGUCCUGACCGCCUACCUCAAGGAGCACCCGGGCACCGAGGAGGUGCUGGUGGCGCUCUCGCAGCUGCACAGCCAGCACAACCGCGUGGACCUGGCGGUAGCUGCGCUGACGCAACUGCCCGUGGAGCGCCGCGCGAAUCCUCGCAUGGUCGAGAUGAUCGUCGCCGUUCACCAGAAGCAGAAGACGCCCGAGAAGGCAGUCACGUGCCUGCGGGAGGCGAUCGACUACUGGAAGGGCAAGGCCGACGGCGAGGACGAGCAGACGUUCGCCGCGGUGCUGCGCAUCGCUGCUCGCCUGGCCAUGGAGCUGAAGGACAAGGUCUUCGCGGCCGAGGUCUUCAAGCUCUACCUCGAGAAGAUAGACGGGUCGGACUCAGAAGCCCUCUGCGGGUUGGUGGCCGCGCUGGCGGGGACCAGCCCAGACGAAGCGGAGCAGUACGCGCAGCGCCUUCAGUUGCCCGAUUACGGCCACCUCGACCCUGAGGAAUUGGAGCUGUCCGCCAUCCCGAAGGUGGGUGGCUUGUUCAAGAAGCGCGAGGCGAAGGAUGCGGAGGGAGAAGGGGCAGAAAAGGCGAAGUCCGCGAAGACGAAAAAGAAGAAGAAGAUACGGUACCCGAAGAGCUACGACCCAGAGAACCCUGGGCCGCCUCCCGACCCCGAGCGCUGGCUGCCGAAGCGCGAGAGGACGGAGUUCAAGAAGAAGAUGAAGAAGCGCGACAGGGUCAUGCUGCGGGGGCCCCAGGGCGCGAUGCCCGCCGACGACAACGCCUUCAGGAAGCAGGGCCCCUCCACGGCACAGGUGGAGGUCUCCAAGGACAAGUCCACGGGAAGGAACCAGGGCCGCAGGAAGCAGGGCAAGAAGUGAGCCUUCGGGCGGCGCAGGGGCCCGGAGGGAAUGGCAGAUGGCAGGGGAGGGUGAGCGCAGAGGAAGGGCUCCGGAGUCGGCCACACGCGAGAAACCGCC